AUGGGCUGCGGAAUGAGCACACACAACGGCUUCGAGGCGGACGACGGCCCACCUCGACCAGCCCUAGCGGACCAAAAAGACGGCAGUAAUCCCGAGCACGAUAAUCACGGCGACACCAUCGGCGCCGCGGCCGUCCUCAGCGCCGCCACGGCGCUCGCGACGGGAGAGCCCGCGAGCCUGACGGGCGGCGCGGCGAAGCUCCCGCCCUCGGAGGACACGGCAUCACAGAGUGAGGCAGACGACACGAGCCGUGCCGCGGGCGAGUCCGCGACUGACACAGCAAAGGCUGAGCUACCCGAGUGGAAACGAUUCUCGUCGGCGGAGCCCCCGCAGCUGGAGCUCCCGGACAUUGUGGCGGGGGAGCCGCUCAUCGACACGAAAGAAGACCACGAGGUGGCGGCGCCCGUGGCGGCGGCGGCGCAAGAAGGUGCGUCGAUGGAGCCCGCCAUGACGAUGACCUCGACGACGACGGCGGCGACGACAGCCACGGCGGUGUCGACGACGAUGCUGCCGCUCCCGGAGCUGUUACCUUCGAUUGAGAUUGGACCAAUUGAGCUCGAUUCCGGGCCUUUGUCGUUUAGCAAGCCUUGA